AUGUCAAUCCCCCUUCAUCCCGCGCUGCGGACAGCCAUCUGGGCGGUCGCAGCACCUCUAGGCCUGUACUGCGUCUUCCUCGGCCUAGGCAUGACUCCUUUCUUUCAGAGACACUUCCUGUACGCUCACAAAAUCAACACCCUCCUGUGGACAGACGUCAACAAACCACAGCAAUGGGGUUUUGCUCGAAAUCAGGUGACUCCAUUUUCGCUCAAGACGCCUGAUGGGGAAUCCAUCUAUGCUUGGCAUAUCCUUCCGUUGCCUCUAUACCUACAGAAUGAGGCUUCGAUAGAGUCGCAGAACCCGGGCUUCUCGGAAGACUUUACCAAGACCGAGUCGUUUCGCCUCCUCAGAGAAGAUCCCGAGUCACGAUUGGUGUUGUACUUUCACGGUAAUGCUGGCCACAUUGCGCAAGCCAUCAGGCCUGAUAGCUACCACUCUCUAACUGACACUUCGUCCUACCAUGUCAUUGCAAUUGACUAUCGAGGCUUUGGCCACUCCACCGGCGUUCCAUCCGAGGCAGGUGUCAUUCAAGAUGCUUCAACGCUUGUCGAAUGGGCCAUCAACGUCGCAGGAAUUCCCUCCAGUCGCAUUCAGCUGCUGGGCCAAAGCUUAGGUACGGCAGUUGUCAGCGGCGUCGCUGAGAAGUAUGCUCUUCAGGGUGUCGAGUUUGCCGGCAUUACACUUGUUGCCGGGUUCAGCGAUCUGGCUAAUCUACUCGUGGGUUACCGCAUCGCCGGCAUCUUUCCGGUUCUCGCGCCCUUCCGUAUCUGGCCCUGGCUAGUGCGCUACCUCCACCGCUUCAUUGUCGACAAAUGGCAUUCCGCUGAUCGGCUGGCCAAUAUUGUUCGACACACAAAGACGAGGCUGAGGAUCAACUUGAUUCACGCCAAGGAUGACCGAGAUAUUCCCUGGAUCGAGGACAACAAAUUGUUCCGAGCAGCAGCACAAGAGACUGUCACAACGACAUUAUGGGAUAUGCGCCUGUGGCCCUUGGCAUCAUGA